AUGGCCAACAUAGACAUGUCAAAGAUCAUCAAGCCCUGGAAGCUAGAUGCCCAUCCUACAUAUACUUUCAUCAAUGCCAAGCUCAUCGACCCCGUCAAGGAGCAAGUGGUAGAAAACGUCACAAUCAAAACAUCCGGAGGAAAGAUUGUCUCCAUUGACACUACCGAAAGCGCAACUCCCACUCCCGCCGACGGAGACAUCACCAUUGAUCUCAAAGGCAAGCAUGUAUGUCCCGGGCUCAUUGACUGCCACGUGCAUAUCGCCGUAGUCCCCGGCGAGGCGAGUUUAAGUUCAUACAGGGACAUGACCGAGAAGAUAAGCCUCAUUCGCCAGCCCUGGGUCUUGAAACCGAUGCUUGAUCGAGGAUUCACGUCCGUCCGCGACUGCGGUGGUGCCUCACUAGCCAUGAAGGAGGCUGUUGAAGAAGGCGUUUGUCUCGGCCCUCGACUCUUCAUAGCUGGAUAUGCGCUUUCUCAGACUGGCGGCCACGGCGACAUGAGGUCUUCUCACGACCAGAGCCCUUGCUCUUGCGGCGCCGUCUCUGAAAUCAGUCGUAUCGUGGACGGAACAUCAGAAUGCUUCAGAGUUGCUCGUGAUGAGCUGCGCCAAGGAGCCGACUUUAUCAAGAUCAUGGGCGGCGGAGGCAUUGCAAGUGCUACGGAUAAAGUUGAGAACCUCCAGUUUUCAGACGAGGAGAUCAAAGCCAUUGUUACCGCGGCAAAGAACAACGGCACAUAUGUCACCAGCCACAGCUACACACCUCAAGCCAUUCAACAGGCAAUCCGCCAAGGCGUGAGGGGCAUCGAGCACGGCAACCUCCUCGACGCAGAGACGGCCAAGCUCAUGGCCGAAACGGGCACAUUCCUCACACCCACGUUAAUCACACACGUCAUGUCCAAGCAGCUCAAUUUCCUACCGCCGGUAUCAGCAGCCAAGAACGAGGACGUCUUGAAAAGGGGCCUCGAAGCUAUCAAGAUUGCGGGCGAUGCCGGCGUGACGGUGUGCUUUGGCACCGAUCUCUUGGGACCGCUGCAUUUUGCCCAGAGCAAGGAGUUCUCGGUGCGAAGCCAGGUGCAGACGUCGGGUCAGAUUCUUCGCAGUGCGACUGUAAACGCGGCGAAGCUGCUCAUGAAGGAGGAUGAAUUGGGACAUUACGCUGUUGGAUCGCUCUGA